AUGAGACCUGAUUUCUUUAAGGCUACUGUAGUUGGAGUACCAUUUGUAGAUGUUGUGACUACAAUGCUUGGUCCAACUAUUCCUCUUAUAACUGUAGAAUGGGAGGAAUGGGGUGAUCCUCGGAAAGAAGAGUUCUACUUUUACAUGAAAUCAUAUUCACCAGUUGACAAUGCGAGUAAAAGCUUAGAAUUAUCCAGCCAUAGUUGUUACUACUGGAAUAAUGGGAUUGCUACUGUGAAGGGGUACGGUACAGGUGAUAUUCAUCCCAAUGUUUCUGGAAGCGAAGGUAGUAAUUGGAAUGGAGGGAAUAACAAUAGAGGAAGCCAUAAUAGUGUUAAUAAGGAUAAGCAGGGGCAGUCUUCUCCUGGUUCUAUGGAAAAGAUAUCAGCAGAAUCCUGUCCUGCUUCUGAUCGGUUGGUCAAUAAUUCUGAUAGUGGUCAAACUGAGGCUAUAGAAUCUAAGUGUGAUACCAGGGUGAAUUCCAAUAUUGGGAACCAUGAUUGUUUAAAUCCUAUGAAGGACAUCCUUCAUAUCAUAGAAGUCAAGAAACAGGGGAGAAAAGAGAGAAGGCACAAGGAAGCCCAGGAUGUGCUUGCAACUGCAACUACUGCUGCUGCAACUUCUUCCAAGCUUUCAUCUUUCAGGAAAGAUACACUUGAAGAAUCUGCUCACCAUGAGUUAACUAGAAUUGGUCGAGAUGUAGUUUUAUAUGUUGAGUCGCUGAUUGAGUCAAUCAUGGGAGGAUUGGAAGGGCUAAUCAACAUUCUUGAUUCUAAAGGAGGUUUUGGCUCUUUGGAGACACAUAGAUCUUGGGAGCCAAGUGAUAAAGCUGAUCUUCACUUUGUCUACAAAGAUGUUGAAGGAGUAUCAACUCAAUGGGAUGAUAUUCAAAGAAAACUCAGGAACUUACCUCCCAAACCCUCUGCUUCGAACCCGAUCCCUUCACUCCUGCAGAAGACGAAGAUUCCAAACCUAAAACCAAAUCUCGGAUCGAUAACAAGACAGAAGAACUCAAAGAUUUAG